UCUGAUUCCUCCUAGAUGGAGCCAGCAGAGGAACGAGAUGCAGGAAACCACACCCUGCUGACCGACUUUGUCCUCUCUGGAUUGUCCAGCCGCCCAGAACUUCAGCACUUGCUGUUCUUCACAAUCUGCUUUAUUUACAGCAUGACUCUCUUUGGAAACCUUCUCAUCUGCAUGGUCACAGUGCACCCCACCCUCCGCGUGCCCAUGUACUUCUUCCUCCGCGUCCUGUCCUUCCUGGAUAUUUCCACAGCAUCAGUCGUUGUCCCCAAGAUGCUGGUAAACCUCCUGUCAGAGGACAGGAGCAUCUCCUACUCGGGCUGUGUCACACAGCUCUACUGUGUGGUGUUCUUAGCGGCCACUGAGUGGUACCUUUUGGCAGCCAUGGCCUAUGACCGCUACGUGGCCGUAUGCAGCCCCCUGAGAUACGCUGCCAUCAUGAACACCAGAGUCUGCCUCUCCUUGGUGCUGCUGUCCUGCUGCAGUGGCAAUGUUGUGUCGGUGGUGCAGACAGCCUGGGUGUUCACGUUGUCCUUUUGUGGGCCCAGGAGGAUUAACUACUUCUUCUGUGACAUUCCCCCGCUCAUCAUGCUCUCCUGCACCGACACCUCGCUGUACGAGAAGCAAAUCAUCUCAGCCACAGUGCUCGUCAUCCUCACACCCUUCUGCCUCAUCCUGCUGUCCUAUGCCUGCAUCAUCUCCAGCAUCCUGAAGCUUUCCUCUGCAGAGAGCAGACACAAGACCUUCUCCACCUGUUCCUCACACCUUACUGUUGUAACAUUGUACUGUGCAAGUGGGACUUUGAUUUACUUACAGCCAAAAUCCAGUAAUUCACAAGACACAAAGAAAAUCCUUGCUCUGAUAUACACAACUGUAAUUCCCACAUUAAACCCCCUGAUUUACAGCUUGAAGAAUAAAGAAGUGAGAGAAGUACUAAUCAGAGUGAUAGCUGCGUUGAUGAAGAGAUGA